GCUUAUGGGACCAGGAAGGAGCUUACGAAGUUGCCAGCGCCUCUCUUCUGAGUGGGGACCUGGGGACCACAGGAAGGAGCAUCAACUCGAAGGAUCAUCCAGAAGUAUUGAGUGUUCGAAUUCAACUGGAAAGCAGAGAACUGAUCAUAAAUCUGGAAAGAAAUGAAGGUCUCAUUGCCAGCAGCUUCACAGAAACCCAUUACCUGCAGGACGGCACCGAUGUCUCCCUCGCCCGCAAUUACACGGUGAUGCUGGGCCAUUGUUACUACCACGGACAUGUGGAAGGAUAUGCUGGUUCCAUGGUCAGCCUCAGCACUUGUUCUGGUCUCAGGGGACUUAUUAUGUUUGAAAAUAAGACCUACAUCUUAGAACCCAUGAAAAAUGCCACCAACAGAUACAAACUCUUCCCAGCAAAGAACCUGCAGAGUGUCUGGGGGUCAUGUGGUUCACACCACAAUGUGCCACACGUCCCUGUGGACUACGUGUCUCCUGCACCCUCUCAGAUGCGGGACAGAAGGCAUAAAAGAGAAACCCUCAAGAUGACCAAGUACGUCGAGCUGGUUAUUGUUGCUGAUAACCGAGAGUUUCAGAGGCAAGGAAAAGAUCUGGAAAAAGUUAAACAGAGAUUAAUAGAGGUCGCUAAUCACGUUGACAAGUUUUACAGACCACUGAACAUUCGGAUAGUGUUGGUGGGUGUGGAAGUGUGGAAUGACAUUGACAAAUGCUCUAUAAGCCAAGACCCAUUCACCAGCCUGCAUGAAUUUCUAGACUGGAGGAAGAUGAAGCUUCUACCUCGCAAAUCCCAUGACAACGCACAGCUUAUCAGUGGGGUGUAUUUCCAAGGGACCACCAUUGGCAUGGCGCCAAUCAUGAGUAUGUGCACCGCAGAGCAGUCUGGAGGCGUUGUCAUGGACCAUUCAGACAGUCCCCUUGGUGCGGCUGUGACCCUGGCACAUGAACUGGGCCACAACUUUGGUAUGAACCAUGACACACUGGAGAGGGGCUGUAGCUGCAAGAUGGCUGCCGAUAAAGGAGGCUGCAUAAUGAACCCUUCCACUGGGUUCCCGUUCCCCAUGGUGUUCAGCAGCUGCAGCCGGAAGGACCUGGAGACCAGCCUGGAGAAGGGGAUGGGGAUGUGCCUCUUCAACCUCCCAGAGGUCAAGCAGUCUUUCGGGGGCCAAAAGUGUGGGAACGGAUAUGUGGAAGAGGGAGAAGAAUGUGACUGCGGGGAGCCCGAGGAAUGUACAAAUCGUUGCUGCAAUGCCACCACCUGUACCCUGAAGCCAGAUGCUGUGUGUGCACAUGGGCUGUGCUGUGAAGACUGUCAGCUGAAGCCUGCAGGAACUGCGUGCAGGAGCUCCAGCAACUCCUGUGACCUCCCAGAGUUCUGCACAGGAGCCAGUCCCCAGUGCCCAGCCAACGUGUACUUGCACGACGGCCACCGGUGCCAGGGAGUGGAUGGCUACUGCUACAACGGCAUCUGCCAGACCCACGAACAGCAGUGUGUCACACUCUGGGGACCAGGUGCUAAGCCUGCCCCCGGGAUCUGCUUCGAACGAGUCAACUCUGCAGGCGACCCUUACGGCAACUGUGGCAAAGACUCCAAGAAUUCCUUUGCCAAAUGCGAGAUGAGAGAUGCUAAGUGCGGAAAAAUCCAGUGUCAAGGAGGUGCCAGCCGACCAGUCAUCGGUACAAAUGCCGUUUCCAUAGAAACAAAUAUCCCACUGCAGGAAGGAGGUCGGAUCUUGUGUCGAGGGACCCAUGUGUACUUGGGCGAUGACAUGCCGGACCCAGGGCUUGUGCUUGCAGGGACAAAGUGUGCGGAUGGAAAAAUCUGCCUCAAUCGUCGAUGUCAGAAUAUCAGUGUCUUCGGAGUUCACCAGUGUGCCACACAGUGCCACGGCCGAGGAGUGUGCAACAACAGGAAGAACUGCCACUGUGAAGCCCACUGGGCACCUCCCUUCUGUGACAAGUUUGGCUUUGGAGGAAGUACAGACAGUGGACCCAUCCGGCAAGCAGAUAACCAAGGCUUGACUAUAGGAAUUCUGGUGAGCACCCUGUGUCUCCUCGCUGCUGGAUUUGUGAUUUAUCUCAAAAGGAAGACCUUGAUACGACUGCUGUCUACACACAAAAAAACCACCAUGGAGAAGCUCAGAUGUGUGCGUCCUUCUCGGCCAUCCAGUGGCUCCCGGCCUGGGCAGGCUCUCCCCACCCACCUCAGAAAAGGCCUGAUGAGCAGGCCACCACAUUCCAGCGCAUGCAAGGACAGGAGGUCACCGCACUGUCAGAGUGUUGACAUCAGCAGACCCCUCCAUUCCCGUGCUGUCCCUCAGCCCCAGUCACCUCAGCGAGUGCUCCUGCCCCUCCACCAGGCCCCACGUGCACCCAGCGGCCCUGCCAGACCCCUGCCCGCCAACCCUGGACUCAGACAGGCCCAGGGAAUCCGUAAGCCAAGCCCCCCGCAGAAGCCUCUGCCUGCUGAUCCUUUGUGCAGGACUCUGCGGUUCACCAGCACCCCAGUGGCAAGGACCCUGGGACAGCAAGAACCUGCAUCACGUCUGGCUCCCACCAGACCUGCUCCUAAGUAUCUACCCCAAGUGCCCAGAUCUACCCACGCCGCCUUCAUGAAGUGA